AAUUGCCUUUAGAAUGUCUAAGCAACAGUUAGCUUCCUUCAGCACUAUUUGUCGAAAGCCUCGAAGGUUCAAUAGUGCCUGAGCACCCUACUACGCCGGGGUACUUGAAAUUGGAUUAUACUGCUUCUUCAAAACAGGAUUACUUCUAGCGUGAUGACACAGUAAAAUACAAAAUUAUACCUUAAAACAAAGUGCCAUGGGAAAUGAUUUGAGGAUACGUUUAUUGACACUUUCAGUUGUUAUAUCCGUCGCUGAGUCCAAGUGCUGGCCAAGGAACUACGGCUUUGGCAGCAAUGUGUGCGUGUGCAGCACGUCGUACUGCGACUUCAUCGGCAACAUCGGGCCUCUGCCUCGAGGAGCAGCACUUGUCUUCGCGAGUACCAAGUCUGGCCGCCGAUUUGAAAGGACAGUAAUAUUCCAGAACGACACAGACCCACCAGGCGCCAACACUUUGCUUCUUGUGGUAAAUCCCGGAAUAAUGUACCAGAAAAUCUUUGGUUUUGGAGGAGCUUUCACUGACGCAGUCGGUUUAAAUCUGAGACAGCUCCCAAUCCAGCUCCAAGACGCCAUUAUCGCGUCCUACUACUCACCGGCAGGUAUAGGGUACAGCAUUGCCAGGAUUCCAAUGGCCAGCACUGAUUUUUCGAUACGCAAGUACACCUAUGAUGACUACCCAAACGACUUUUCUCUGCUUAACUUCACUCUUGCCAAAGAAGACUUUUACCUCAAGAUACCAUACAUGAAAAGAGCAAUGUAUAUGUCGAACAUGCCGAUAUGGUUCUACGGAAGUCCCUGGAGCAGCCCCGCGUGGAUGAAGACCAGCCGUAAAUUGGAAGGUCGUGGAUUCCUCAGAGGAGACCCGGGUGGACCUUUCUACAAGACUUGGGCAGCGUACUUCGUAAGAUUUGUGCAGGCAUACGAGAGAGCAGGUAUUCCUAUAUGGGGUCUCACGGUGGAGAACGAGCCGACAGCUGGCCAGAUACCUUUUUAUCCUUGGCAGACUCUGGGCUUCACACCAGCAACAGAAAGAGACUUCAUAAAGCUUGAUCUGGGGCCUGCGUUGAACACGGCUGGCUACGGAAGGCUGAAACUUAUGAUGCUCGACGACAAUCGCAUCAAUAUUGGACACUGGACAAGUGUGGUAUUGGGCGAUCCGGAAGCGGCAAAGUACGUCCAUGGAAUCGCUGUUCAUUGGUAUAUGAACCGUAUGGUCGGACCACAGGUUUUGGAUAAGGUUCACGAGAGUUACCCGGACAAGUUUAUACUGCCGUCCGAAGCCUGCACUGGCUACCAGAAGGAACGAGGCGUCAGGUUAGGCAGCUGGGAACGGGCAGAAGAAUACGCCUUUGAUAUACUCCAAGACCUCAAUCAUUGGGCUAGCGGGUGGACGGACUGGAAUCUGGCUCUGGAUACUGAAGGCGGCCCCAACUGGGCUAGAAACUUCGUCGACUCGCCCAUCAUAGUGAAUGCUACUGCUAAGGAGUUCUACAAGCAGCCAAUGUACUACGCCCUGGGUCAUUUCAGCAAGUUUCUUCCGCGGGGCAGCGUCAGAAUCGACUCUCGUCUCAUGCAAGGUUCAGCUAAGAUCGAAUACGCAGCUUUCUUGACACCAAAGAUGACAGUCGUUGUCAUAGUCCUUAAUAAAAGCAACGAAAAAAUCAAGCUACACGUCAUGGACGCGUAUAGAUCAACCAGCGUCCAGAACGUAAUCGAAGAACGGUCAAUAACAACAUUUACUUGGCGUUUGUAGAGUACUAUACAGUUACCGUUCAUAAACACAUCAGGUAGUGCCACACGCUUAUUUUGUCCUUUCAAAGACACAUUUUUUAUGAUUUCUCAUUCAACGUUGCGACACCCUACAUCUGUCACAUCAAAUCAUUUACAAAACUGGCAUCUGACUAUACUCACGGCCCAGGAUGGCAGAUGGUUGAUUAGGCGCGGACCCGUGCAGAAUAAACAAAUGAUUAUGGGUGGCUUGUUGGGCAAUUUGCCACUUAGCUAUAGAAGUAAAUAAAUACUAGCAACACCAAAAGAAAUCAGGAGAAGUCGACACAAGACAGCCGUAGUAGAGGAACAAGAUGGAUACCAGCAUCCUUUCUGUUGCUGUCUUUUUCAUUGUCCCAGUUUCACCUGCUUUAAUUUGCUGCUCCUGGCAUUCCCUUACCUAGAAUAUGCAGUUCAUAAUUUUAACUUAAUCGGCUACAAGUUACGAUCAUUCUUUCGUUGUUCCGCACCCUUCUACUGUCUUCCCUCUGCCGUAACUGCGUAUUCAUAACGACGCCAUGCUAAUACGACGUCAUCAUAAACCACCAUCAAGCCAUCAUAGUCGUCUCACUGCUGCAGUCAUCUGGCUCAGCAAAUAUCAGAAGAGCCUUCGAAAAACUAUCAAUCCUUGCCGAUCGCUUGCGAUCCGCAAGGAAUGGAAAAGAUUUGCAACACAAAGAUCCUGUUGGUGUGGUGGACCUCUCUGCACACAAGUUUUGUUGUCGUCCACAUUCACUGUUUCUCUUUUUCC